AUGAGACCUUUAUCGUUGAAAGGUCACGAUCGUGCUUUAACCCGUGUACGAUUUAAUAGAGAAGGGGAUUUGUUGAUUUCUGCAGCGAAGAACAAGCAGCCGUGCCUGUGGUAUACGGAGAAUGGAGAACGGAUUGGUACCUAUGAUGGUCAUAAUGGAGUGGUGUGGGAUGUUGACGUAUCUUGGGAUACGACGCGACUCGGAACGGCGUCAGGAGACAACUCAGUCAAAUUUUGGGACUGCGAGACCGGAGUUGUGCUCAAUACUAUUAAUACACCAACACCUGCAAAAUCAGUCAACUUGUCCUAUUCUGGUCACUUGCUAGCGUACACCACUCAGAAAAUGACUAAAAAUCCAUCAGUAUUGUGUAUUGUCGACACACGAGACGACCAGCAAAUAACUGCCGACUGCCCCCUGUUUCGGACUCAUUUUGAAUUCGACAAUUCCGCAACAACAUGCGUGUUUAGUGGAGCUACUGAUGUUGUCACUGUUGGAUUCGAGAACGGUCACAUUCUGCAGUACUAUUUAAAAAAUAGUGAGGAGCCUUCCCAAUCUAAUGAUAAGGCCCACAGGUAUGCCAUAACCGAUCUGCAAUUGUCGCCAGAUGGGGCGUUUCUCAUUUCGUCGUCCAAGGACAAAACUGCUGCAUUGUUAGAUGUGUACACCUUGGAGAACUUAAAGCAAUAUCGCUCGGAACGACCAGUGAAUUCUGCUUGCAUCUCACCUAUACGCGAUCAUGUUUGCCUUGGAGGAGGAGAAGAUGCCAUGCAAGUGACCCAAACAGCGGUAUCUGCUGGUCAUUUCGAGGCCAAACUCUACCAUAUGGUAUUUGAAGAAGAAUUCGCUAGAUUCAAAGGUCAUUUUGGUCCUAUCAAUACCAUGGCGUGGCAUCCAUCAGGAAACAUUAUUGCGACAGGUGGAGAAGAUGGCUAUGUGCGUGUUCAGGAAUUCGAUGAGGACUACCUUGAAUUUAAAUACGACUAUUAA